UGUCGUUUUUGACGUUCAUCAUUCCAAAUGAUUCCUUUAGACAUUGUGGGUCUUAAACACAUUGUAUUGCUUUCAAUAUGGAUCGACUACCUCUGGGAGCAGUAUCUUUGUGCCCGCCAGUACCAGAAAUCUGUCGUCGUGGUGGAACAACCAAUUAUCUUGAAAUCCGCCAUGACCAAAAAGGCGUACGACAAAGCAAGGACGUACAUGCUGAAACGUAAGCGUUUCACUUUCGUCAAAGACUUCGUCCAUGUUAUAACAUCGUCGAUCAUCAUUGUCUACGAAAUCUUACCCAUGUCGUGGGCGCACGUCGCUUCGUUCACCCACUUGGACGAAACCUUACGAAACAGCAUCUGGUACCUCGCUUUCACCACAUGUCUAUCUAUACUCUAUCUCCCACUAACCAUCUACGAAGUUUUCGUCAUUGAAUACCGCAGAGGAGACGAAUUUCUGGCUUGGCACAAGUUGAAAACCUUCAUCUGGAGCCAAAUCAUCCUCAUGAUCAUUUCAUCAGCACUCGUGAUGGUCAUUCAACGAGGCGACGAGGUGUUAAUCCAGCUCUGGAUAACCCUCUGCGUUAUAAUCUUCCUCGUCGGUACUCUCUACCCUCUGCUAGCGCCCUCUAAGUUCCGCCAACUCACACGACUGCCAGAAGGCUCCCUACGCACCAAAAUCUUCAACCUGGCCUCCGAUCUUCACUUCCCGCUCAAAGAAAUCUUCAUCGAGGAACGUUUCAAACGACCGUCGUGCCAAAUCAUCUAUUUCUAUGGUGACUCAAUCACGAAAAACAUCGUCUUGUGUGACCAACUCAUCGCGAAGGACGAAGGUGACGGUUGCAGCGACGAAGAAAUUCUAGCUCUGGUUGCGUACGAGUUUUCCCAUUGGUACUACAACCAAGCGUUCAAGUACGUGGUCGCCUUGGAAGUCAACCUCACGUUCUACUUCGGCGCUUUUUACUUCCUAUUUAAGAACCCACAGAUUUAUCAAACUUUUGGGUUCGUGGAAGAGCGACCAAUUCUCGUGGGUGUGUACGUGGUACUGAAGUACGCGAUGGGUUUCUACAGUACCAUUCUGAGUUUCCUCUUCCUGCAAGUAUCGCGGUACUUUAUCAAGCAGAAUGACAGGUUUGUGACGAGGAUGGGUAAAGGCGAGGAACUCGUGCGAGCUUUAGUACGACUUGAGAAAAUGAAUUCGGCGUUUCCGGUGUACGACUGGCUUUAUUCGGCGUGGCACCACGACAAACCAGGUUUGAUAGAGAGGAUUGCGAACAUACGGAAUGAUGAUUUUAAAUUCGAAUGAUUGUCGUAUUUGCUGAAAUAAAAUUCUUGUGUUGUAA